UCCUAUAUAUAGAUCAGCAAUAUCCCGAAGCUCCUUGCGAUUAUUUUUAGUAAUUUGGCGAAUUUGGCGGUCAAAAUUUUUUAGAAGAAGAAGCGUGGCUGAGUAAUACUUGAUGUAAUAAAUCAUGAAGUUAUAUUCUUUUGCCUUUUCCAUGAGAGUAUACCUCUGUGUUGUUUUGAUUGGUUUAAGUUAUGCCAUUUACAUCAAUGAAGAAGCAAAUGAUGUUGUUCAGGCAAUACUUAAGCACUUUGAUGAAAACCCACAAGAUUCUAGAUUUGAACAAGUUAUCUUCAUCCCUUCUGAUAAAUGUCAUCUUUUCCCAAAGGUGUUUGUUUGGUGUCCGAUGAGCCGAUUUAAGCUUGAAUUGAGAUGUCCAGAGCAUAAUGAACCAUUAAAAAUAUCACGUUGGAUGGGAAACUUGAAGUCUGAAGGCAGUGACAAUCCCAGACUUGUAUAUGAUAUUGGAGGAAAUAUAUUGUUGAUUCAAAGACACUACAGUUGUACAAAAAAUAUGGAAGGGAGUCAUGGCAGCGGUCAUAGAUACAUGUCUGCGGCUGUGGAAGUCAUGCAGCAACUACCUGGCUAUGCUCGUCAGUCAUUUCCUAUUGAGAUCCACUUUAAGUCAGCUGUGUCCAGGCAAUUGUUGGACUACCUCUUAAUUCAAGUUCAACAAGGGACAAACUUUAUGAAAAUAUGUCAAGGUAUUGGUUCAAUGAAUUUCCGUGAAUAUAUCGCUCGUCACUUCAACCAGCCGAACAGAGAAGGGAGUUCGGAAGACAUCGAGAGCGCAUUUUAUCAAAACUUUCUCUAUUCGUUCCCAAGUAACGACAAACUCAUGCAUCUCUUCCUGAGCUACUACGACAAAACCAAGGACUUACUUGAACAAGACAUGCGUAGUCAUAUUGGGAAUAUUCUCAUAUGUGAUCAUACCUUUAAACUGGGCAGUCACAUCGGUGAGAGAUCCAGCCGUAAAGAGCCGACCGAUGGUCAGUUUGACAGAGCCUUUAUUGGCCUAAAUGAGUACGGUGAAGUGAUGUUUUUGAGGUUGACAAGAGAUGCAGGCUUUGAACAAAUUGAAGAUCUCCUACAAGACUUUAAACUUCGGCUUUUGAGUGAAGGUAUUCAACUCGAGCUCAUUUUGGUGGAGGAUUGCUGCGUGGCUCAGGAUCACUUCACGAAUAUCUUUGGAAAUGUGCCUGUUAAGCUUAGUCCGUUCCAUGCGACUCAGCGUGUUGUCGAGUCUCUCCCACCAUGGUUUAAAGAGAUCAAGAGAUUUGCAAAGGAUUUCCGGUUGGUGUUUCGCGCCAAGGAUGAUCGCAAUGAGGAAAGGACAAUGAACACUCCUGAGGGGAAUACAAUCUGUGAUAAUCUCGAGCAAUUCAUGGCAAGGUGGUCCAAUAAACUACCCGAAGAGACGAUUGAGCGUAUUCAUGAUCUUCGAGAACACAUCGACCGCGGUUGUUUGUCGGGCAUACCACCUGGAGAAGGGACAGAACGUAAUGAACGUCUACACGAGUUUCUCACAGAUUCUCUGCUCUGUGCUGCCAAGUCUUUGUCUCCUGAACUUGCCAUAGCUAUCCUAGCUUAUGUUCUCUAUGUCUGGAACUGUCAACGCAAAUGUAGGAAACACAAUAGUAACUGCAGGGUCGUUCCAACCAUCCCGAUAGAAACGAAGCAACCUUUCAGCUCCACGGAUAUUUACAAAAUGUGUUUAAAAGCGGACGGCAAGUUGAAUACGGAACUCAUCUGGAGUAAAGCGGCUGAGCUUGGUAUUCAUCAGUUUAUCCAAGUCGAGUUUGAAUCGGUCUCUGACGUCGCGUGUUUAGAGAAUGAGAACUUGGUGAAGUAUGCCAUAACAAGAGCUUUGCAUUUGCAAGAAAUCUUCAAUUUAGUCGCCCAGAAAUGUGACAAAAAGAACCUGAAUGUUGUCGAGUUUCCGUAUUAUUGGGUGAAAGGAUACAGCUUUUUACUAAGAUGUGCCACAACGGAAUGUUCUGAUAUUCUCAAUAACGAGGCGGAGAAAAUAAUCAACCUUGAUGCUUUGGAACGAAAUCUUGCUUCUUUUGGAUUGGAAAGAAAUAUCGUUCCUUCGGAUGGCAACUGCUGUUUUUCGAGUAUCAUAUCACAGUUAUACAAGAUUAAAGAAAAUGAAACGAUUUCCAAGGAUUAUAAUGAGUUUGUUACAGAAUUAGGUCUGUACAAAAGUAUUGAAGAAGACACAGGAACCCUUCGAGAAUUGUUUACGAAAGAGGUAGCGAGCAAUUUAGAUACGUACAAGAAAUGGAUUAAUCUGCCUGACACUGAAACUCAAUUUGAGAUCGAGCAGUUCUCGAAGCCUGGUUGGUUUAGCUCAGAUAUUGGAGAUCUUUGUGUCAUGGUUUGCAGUCGUAUUGUGCAAGCUCCUAUCGUUGUUAUCACGUCAUACAUGCACGCACCAUACUUGCCCUUUCUUCCAGAGAAAUUAUCAUCUUCUCAACCGUUGUUUAUUGCUUUUGAUCACACGGCACCUGGUCAUUACGACUCCACAAAAGAAUUGUGUUUACCUUCCUCGAAGAACAUUUCAGGACUGAAAUGUUCGUGCGGAAAGAGUCGUAAAGGCGAUAAAGAAUCUAAUACGAAAUCUUGCUCGGAAACGGAGCCAGGUCAAUCCAAAUGCUCGUGUUUCAAACAUGGCCAGGCAUGCAGCAGAUUGUGUCGCUGCAAGGAUUGUUCGAAUCCUUUGAACGAGAAACAAAGAAAGUUUCGUCCCGCAAGAAAGAACAGAAAAGCUUGUAUGUGUGGUAAUGGAAGGAAGGAAAGUGACGGCGAGUUCAUUUCAUGUAAAGAUAAGGAUCAUCGUAAAUCAAAGUGUCCGUGUUUGAGAGACAACGUGGGUUGUACCAGCGACUGUAGAUGUCGUCAUUGUGGUAAUAUUUAUAACUCUCCUGAUGAUCUUCCUGGCAAACGCGACGCUGAAGAAGAACCUACCACGUUUAAAGGAAAGGUGAAACGAAGAAGAAGCAAUCCUCAGUCUUACAAAAGAAUCAAAGGAGCAGUGUUUGCCUCGAACCAGGACGGUGAACUUUCCUCGGGCAUCUGGACCGAACUCGAGACCAUCAUGUUAGUCGUCAUCCAGGAAAUCCUUUUCCUCACUGACCUGCCUUCCGAGCCCGCAAACAUCACUUCUCUGUAUCAGUUCAUCGCAGCUUCAGAAUAUGUUACCGAGAUAAAACUUCCUAUCGUGAAGAAAGAAGCCAUCGAAGUGGAAGCAAAGCUUCAAGAGAUGGUCGCCAAGCAACAGCUGAUGUUAGCAGGAUUAAAUCCUGAAACAGUGACGGUCAGCGAAGUUGAGAUGGCUACUGUUUAAGAUUGUUUUUAACAUUUUUCAUUUGGUAACGUGUUUUUAUAUGUUCAUCUUACUUGCUACGUUGUAUACAGACCUGUAUAUUCACCUGAAUAACUUACCUUAGGGCUUUAAUAUAGAGAAAAGAGAAUGAACUUUGCAAUAAAGAGUAUGCAUUUUAACUACUGAUCUAAAUCUCCAAUAUUUCUUUCUUAUUUCGAAUAUUUUAGGGUAUUAAUACAAGUUCUGGUGUUUUUUGUAAUCGUCAGUCCACUGACCAAUUGUUUUAAGGUCAAUAUUUUAGUACUUCUUGGAAAAUGACCUCGUU